UGUAAUUCUAUUAUGGAUUAAAAUUAAGUAGAAAGAUACUCAGUAACCUUAACAAAUGGUAACACGUAGAUUUUUGACUGUUAAUCAAUUCGCCUCAAAUAAUAGAUUUCAAAGGUUGAUUCUACCAUCCCUUUUGAGUUUAUGAUGCUUGUAAAUGAUAAAAUCAAUUAUGUUUUUUAAUGUAGCUUAGAUUUGACUAAAUCAUUUGUGAAAAUACAUCAAACCAAUGAAUUAUAUAAUCUGAAGUUACUUGACAUGCAACAAGUCUAUAAUGAAAAUUUGAAAUUAAAAGCUAGGAAUAGACAAGUUCAAGAUGAAAUAAUAGAAUUUAAAAGGAAGAAUGAGGAGAUAACCAAUGAAUCUUUAGAGUUUAUGAAACAAACUUAAGAGCAAUAAAAUUAAAUAAGUUAAAAAAACAAUAAGAUAAGAGAGUUGGAAGAAAUUUUAGAAUAAACUUCUCAAAAUGGAAUGAAUGUUCAAAAAUCAUUGGAUUCAAAUUUAUAAUAGAAAAAUAAUUAAAUAAAAUAAAAGGAUGGAGAAAUCUAAGCAUUGCAGCAAGAAGUCUCAAAUUUAAAAGUCAAAAUUUAAAGUCUUACUAAGUAAUUUUUGGAAAAGGAGGAUGAAUAUAAACAAAAAAUUUAAUCUGUUGAAUAAUCAGAAAAUGAAUUACGUGAUAAUCUUAUAAAAAGUGUAAAUUAAGUUUAGGAACUUUAAAAUUAUGCAACUAAUCAAUAUCAUUAAUUUUGUACUCUAAAAUAAGAAUACGAGAACCUUUAUUAAUAGGUGGUACCAUAUUAUUAGGCCUAUCCUGAAUUGAAUCAAGCAAAAGAAGAAUUAGAUAAUUAGUUAGUAGAAAAGGAUAAAAAGAUAAGCUAAUUAUAAAGGGAUAUUACAAGAUUGAAAAAAGAGCUAGAGACUGCUUAAGAGCAAUAGGAUUUAACAAAGACAGAAUUAGAAACAUAAACAAAAACAUCUAAAAAUUAAUAUAAUAAACUCACUAUUGAGAUAACUGAAUUAAGAAACUAAAUUACAAAUUUGAAUAAUUAAAUUCAAUAAUAAGACUAAGAGAUUCAAGAAAGAGAAAAGAAAAUCAGAGAUCUUAAGAAGUAGUAAUAAAAUAUAAAAGAUCCAGAAAAUGAAGGAAUUCAAUAGAAUGCUUUUAUUAAAAUAUCAACAGGUUAGCCAAUACCAGAGUACUUAUAAAAGAAGAAAUGAAUUAAAU